AUGCAAGAAGAUAUUGUAAAAUGGACAAACGCUGAAAUUACAAUAAAAAGGCAAAACUAUGAACAAAAUACAUCAACUCAGAAUGAGACAACCAAAGAAGAGAUUAGAGCUCUCAUAGGUAUUCUAGUCUUAUCUGCAGCUCUCAAAGACAAUCAUCUGUCUCUUGAUGAAUUAUUCAACACCGAGUAUUCUGGCUCAAGAUAUGUGUCAUGCAUGAGUAAAGAAAGAUGCGAUUUCCUCCUACGAUGUCUGCGUUUCGAUGACAAGACAUUCCGCUUGCAACGACAAAAGGACGAUCCCUUUACACCUAUACGAGACCUAUGGGAGAUGCUUAUGGUUCAAUGCCGCCAAAAUUAUGUGCCUGGAACAAAUGUCACCAUUGAUGAGCAGCUAUUGGCUUUCCGUGGCAGAUGUAAGUUUAGAAUGUAUAUUCCGAAUAAACCUGCGAAAUAUGGGGUCAAGUUAGAAAUGCUAUGUGAUAGCGGCACAAGGUAUAUGAUUGAUAGUACACCAUAUCUCGGGAAAGGAACCAAUACUAGAGGUGUGCCAUUGGGGGAGUAUUUUGUAAAAGAACUUACUCGCAGUAUUCAUGGUACAAACCGGAAUGUAACCAUGGAUAACUGGUUCACAUCAGUACCAUUGGCGAAGCAGUUACUCCAGCAACCUUAUAAAAUGACGCUUGUAGGUACUUUACGAGCCAAUAAAAAGGAAAUCCCUGAAGAAAUGAAGAACUAUCGAUCAAGAGCCGUCAAUACGUCGAUGUUCUGUUACGAUGGUCCCCUAACGCUUCUUUCUUACAAGGUAAAACCAUCAAAAAUGGUUUACUUACUUUCUUCGUGUGACGAGGACGGCACAGUUGACCCCCACACAAAGAAACCUCACAUGGUUCAAUUUUAUAAUAGUACAAAAGGUGGCGUGGAUACGUUUGACCAAAUGUGUUCAGUAAUGUCUUGCAGCAGAAAAACUAGUCGGUGGCCACUCUGUGUUUUCUACGGACAAAAAGUAAUGACUCGACGUGAUUUUAUGAAGAAGCUGCAUAUGCAACUGGUAGAAUCGUGGCUCAAAACCCGUCUGGAAAUUCGUACUAUGCCAAGACACGUGAAGGAUAAGAUAAAAAAUGUGUUAGGAGUGUCCAUCGAGGAAGGUCAAGGGCAAAUACACAAUGUCGAUGAGGCGUGUUGA